AUGGAGAAGUUUCAAGCAGAAAUGAAACAAAAAUUUAUGUCAAAUCUGAGACUCAUGCACUAUUUUCUUGGUGUGGAAGUACAACAAACAUCAGUAGGUAUAUUUAUUUUCCAAACCAAGUAUGUAGUUGAUUUAUUGAAGAAGUUUGGAAUGGAGGCAUGCAAAGCACUUGCAACCCGCAUAGCACUUGGUGAAAAAUUAACCAAGGAAGAUGCUAGUCCUAAGGUUGAUGCUACUCGUUAUAGGAGUUUGGUUGGCAGCCUCAUGUACCUCACAACUAGUAGGCCAGAUAUUAUGUAUGUUGUGAGCCUCAUCUCUCGAUUCAUGCAGGAUCCACAUGAAUCACAUUGGCGGGCUGCUAAAAGAAUCAUGAGGUAUGUGAGUGGUACACAACAUUUUGGAAUUCAAUAUUCUCCCACUGAAAAGUUUGAGCUAGUUGGUUAUAUAGAUUCAGAUUGGGCCAGUUUAGUGGAUGAUAGGAAAUCUACAUCUAGUUAUGUUUUUUCAUUUGGCUCUGGAGUUGUAUCUUGGAGCAGUAAGAAACAGGCCACAAUGGCUUUUUCUUCAGCAGGAGUGGAAUGCAUGGCAGCUUCAUCAGCAAGUUCUUAA